AUGGCAUCAGCUUAUUUCCGCCAUCGCGAUUCGCUCGAGGGCCUUAUCGACUUCUCAUCGAGCCCUCCGCUUACAGAGGAAGCUCGAAAUCAAGCGGAAACUAGAUUCUAUGCUAUUGUCGACCACUUUCGUGACCAAAAUCCUUCUAACGACGAAUACGACCGAACAGCGCUUGUACGCUAUACAUACGAAUAUGCAUUGACUGAAAAAGCCAAAUACAAUCUCUUGCAGGCAUUCUUUGGAUCUCUCACCAUACCUCUGACCGAUACAGUGGAUGUUGAUUUGACAAACAAGCAGAGAGAAAACGAAAUUUGGUCGAAUCUAGCAGGAUUUGCUGAUUACCUGUUUAAUAACUUCUUCCUGCCUUUAAAAGCUUCCACUAAACGAACCCCUCAACCCUCCCCAGCAUAUCACUCCGCGACACAACGCACACGUGUUGGGGGCCAGUCAUUCGUGGGAACGUCAUCACGGCUCUCAAGACUCCGAGGCAUGUGCCUUAUACGCGACCGCCAUCGAUGUGUCAUCUCACGCAGCUUUGAUGGAAAAAAAGCUCGCGAACGAAUAAAACAGUCAGGUGCUGAGGCAAGGGAUGAUGAUGGGCAGCUUCUUACAGGACAAACGGUUGAGUACUUGGAAGUUGCUCAUAUUUUACCGCACUCGUUAGUUAAGACGAAGUCGAAAGUCACGCUUGAUUCUUCGCGCGAAGCAGCUCUGCAGAUUCUGAAUAUGUUUGACACGGAUGUCGUGCAUUUUAUCGAAGGCCCUGAGAUCGACAGACCUCGAAAUGCCUUGACACUGACUCUGAAUCUGCAUCAGAGUUUUGGCGACUUCGAAAUAUACUUUGAACCCGAGGCACAGGCAAACACAUAUCGGAUCAAAACUUUUCUUCCCACGAUCCAUAACUUCUUGCCUGUUACGCGUGAGCUGUUUCUGACAGAAGAUCGCACCAUUGAGCCACCCUCACCACGUUUCCUUGCCAUUCACAGAGCAAUCGCUCAUAUCCUUCAUCUUUCCGCGGCAGGAGCCUACAUCGAUACCAUUCUGAAUGACUUUGACAAGGAAAUUGUGCGAGCCGAUGGAACAACACAUCUCGGCCAACUGGUAACCCUCAGGGUUAAUGGCUGGCUGUCCAGUUAA